UCUUUUAUUUUGAAAACAGACAGAAACUGGAAAUGUUUAUGUCGGUACAUGUUUAUGGUAACAUUACUGAAGUUGUCAAAUAAGAAUUCUUAUUGCUUUGAUUUUAAAAUUCACGUUCUUUUUUAUAGAAAGGAUUAAUAUGAAAUAAAAGGUCGGGAAUUGCUGUGAAGGAACUUAUUGUUGUUUGAUGACUAUUUCGCAAUGAUAACCCUUCUAGCAGUUGAAAAUAGUGAGACAUUUAUAUUAUCUAGAACAAAAAAAAUGUUGUCAUCUUGCGCAAUAUAGGAAGUUUAAUGACUUCAACAUAUCGAACAUGUUAAAAGGACAGAAACGAUUGAGGCAAAUUAACAUCAAAGAGAGCUUUGCCCUAAGUAAGAAGCCAAAUAUUGAAUUAACUUCAGAUAUGGAUCCAAUUCUUCGAAAUAAGAUGGCAGCUGCUGCUGAAAAGAGAUUAGCCGCCAGAAAUUCUGAAACUUCAUCUAAUAAUUCCGACUUGAAGCUUUCAAGCAAAAUUUCUGAUGGCAGUGGUACUUCUACAAAUCAUGUGCUGGAAACUGAGAAUGUGCAAGUUCCAGAUUCUCAAGAAAGUUGUUUACCUAGUUCAGCAGAUCUCUUUCCGAGUUCAUCUGAAAACUGUCCUGAAUCACCUGUUGUGGAACAGUUCAGCAGCCAAGAAACAAUAUAUUCAGAUAAAAUCGAUUCUCCUGCAACUCCUAAUAGUCCUGAAGAGAACUGUAUAUCUGAAAUUGAUUCUGACAUAGAGCAUGACACUGAAGAUGAAGAGAUGCAGCUGAAAUUUUUAAAUAGAACACCUAAUUGCAAUAUUCCAUUGCCAAAGCUAGAACCAUCUGGAAAUCAUUCUAUAAUGUUUUCACCUCACAUCAUUCCUGGCCGUGCUCCUCGUCCAUAUCCUCCCUCUUAUAGGGACUUAUGGGAUUCUAAUCAUGUUCGAAUGCCUUGUGCCUCGCAGAAUAAAUAUCCAGUUGAAGAUUUGAAUGGUGAGAAACAAAUUAGAAGUAGAUGGGAUUUAAUAUGUACAAGUUUGAGGAGAAAUAUACUAUGUUCUGAAGAUCUCGAAAAGGCUAUACUACAGUAUAACAGUCAAUACAGGGGGAAGUGGAACUUCAAUGGUCUGCAUACUUUUUUUGAAACAUGUUUCACAGAUGAUGAAAGAAGUUAUUUUUUUGAAGAAACUCUUCCGAAGAUGAUAAAUAUUACAUUGGAUUUGCCAAAUAUCUGUACACAGCCUAUCCCAUUGUUGAAAAGGGGCAAAAAUCAUUAUCUCACCAUGUCUCAAAAACAAAUUGGAUGCCUUUUACUUAAUGCUUUUUUCUGCACAUUUCCUCGUAGAAGCUAUCAAUCGCGCAAUCCAAAAUUUAGGUGGAAUAAUGAAUAUGCUACUUAUCCAGAUAUCAAUUUUUACAGGCUUUUUUAUGGUAUAAAAAAUCGAACUUCUAUAAGAACAGAAAAACUGAAGUGUCUGUUUAAUUAUUUUAGAAGAAUUACCACAAAAGAGCCUAGUGGUACUGUAACCUUUCAUCGUCAGAGUCUUCAAAAUUUGCCAAAUUGGGGUGAAUCUAAGAAAGGUGUCAGGAUUGCAGUAAUUAAGGAUGAUGGUCUGAUAGAAACUGAUGGGCAUGGUAUGCUUCAAGUUGAUUUUGCUAACAAAUUUGUCGGUGGUGGUGUUUUGGGUGAAGGAUGUGUUCAGGAAGAAAUUCGUUUCCUCAUCUGUCCUGAAUUGAUAGUUUCACGCCUUUUUGUAGAAUGCUUAGGUCCUACGGAAGCUCUCACAAUAAGAGGUGUUGAACAGUAUAAUAAAUACAGCGGUUACAGUCAUGGAUUCAAAUGGGAAGGAAAUUUUGAAGAUAAAACACCUCGAGAUGCUUGGGGUCGCAUGUACACCCAACUUGUGGCAAUUGAUGCAACUCAUUUCGGAAAUUCUGCUGAUCAGUUCAAAUUGCCUUCUAUUGAACGGGAACUAAAUAAAGCUUAUUGUGGAUUUUUUGAAGAUGCUUCUCCCGUAAAUUUAUCAGCUAUAGCAUCUGGUAAUUGGGGAUGUGGGGCAUUUAAAGGAGAUCCCAGGCUGAAGUUCUUGAUUCAGUUAAUGGCUGCUUCCCAUGUCGGUAGAGAUCUCUUAUAUUUUACUUUUGGGAACAGGCAGUUGAAGAAAGAAUUGAAAAAAAUCUAUAAAUUUGUAGCCGAGAAAAAUCUUUUUGUUGGAGACUUAUGGAGAAUAUUGGUAGACUUCUGUGAUACUGUGAAUAGGACAAAUGAUAAAGAUCCAAAAUUAUAUGAUUUUCUUUGCUCGAUAUUUACUGGUAAAACUCCCGUAGAAAAUGUUGAUUCAGUGAAAAAAACAAUUGAUCCAGAAAUAACGGACAGUGAUAAGAAUGCCAUUUUAAAAUUAAUCGAAGCUGUUGGUGAUGACAGUAAUACCGAUAUAGAAGAUAAUGAUCCUGGAUAAUUUAUUAAUUUAAAAGUUUAUUUUUUUUAUUAUUAUUUUUAAAAUCGUGUGACAAAUACGAAUUUUUACAAUAAAAAUUUUAUUUAUGAAACUUCAA